UGGGCUUCGCUGUUGGGAUUUUAUCAAGCUUUGGGAGUCUCCAUCGCAGCCGUCACCAUGUUGGUCCCAAGCGCACUCAUGAAGCAACUGCCUAUUCAGUCUACGGCUGGGGCCGUCCCAGUUCACAAUGAGAAAGGUGAGAUUUCAAUGGAAAAAGUAAAGGUAAAACGUUAUGUGUCCGGAAAGAGGCCAGAUUAUGCCCCUAUGGAGUCCUCAGAUGAAGAGGAUGAAGAAUUUCAAUUCAUUAAGAAAGCUAAGGAACAAGAGGCAGAGCCUGAGGAACAGGAAGAGGAUUCGUCCAGUGACCCCCGACUUCGGCGUUUACAGAACCGCAUCAGUGAAGAUAUAGAAGAGAGAAUGGCUCAACACCGGAAAAUAGUGGAACCUGAAGUGGUAGGAGAAAGUGACUCAGAUGUAGAAGGAGAUGCCUGGCGCAUGGAACGAGAAGAGAGCAGUGAAGAAGAGGAGGAAGAAAUUGAUGAUGAAGAAAUAGAGCUGCGCCGUGGCAUGAUGCAUCAGCGAGCACAGGAGAGGAAAAACGAAGAGAUGGAAGUCAUGGAAUUGGAAGAUGAAGGACGCUCUGGGGAGGAGUCAGAGUCUGAGUAUGAGGAGUACACGGACAGUGAAGACGAAAUGGAGCCUCGACUUAAGCCUGUCUUCAUACGAAAGAAGGACCGAGUGACAGUUCAAGAACGAGAAGCUGAAGCAUUGAAACAGAAGGAACUAGAACAGGAAGCAAAACGCAUGGCUGAGGAGCGGCGCAAGUACACACUAAAGAUUGUAGAAGAAGAGACCAAGAAAGAGCUGGAGGAGAACGAGCGGUCUCUCGCUGCCCUGGACGCACUCAGUACCGACGACGACAAUGAUGAGGAGGAAUACGAGGGAUGGAAAGUCCGAGAGCUCAAAAGAAUCAAGAGGGACAGAGAAGACCGAGAAGCACUUGAAAAGGAGAAAGCAGAAAUUGAACGCAUGCGAAACCUGACUGAGGAAGAAAGGCGGGCUGAACUUCGGGCAAAUGGCAAAGUCAUUACCAACAAAGCUGUUAAGGGCAAAUACAAGUUUUUGCAAAAGUAUUAUCACCGGGGUGCCUUCUUCAUGGAUGAGGACGAAGAGGUCUACAAGAGGGAUUUUAGUGCACCUACUCUUGAGGACCAUUUCAACAAAACCAUUCUUCCAAAAGUCAUGCAGGUCAAGAAUUUUGGACGGUCUGGUCGUACCAAGUACACCCACCUUGUGGAUCAAGAUACCACUUCCUUUGACUCUGCAUGGGGCCAAGAGAGUGCCCAGAACACAAAGUUCUUUAAACAGAAGGCAACUGGGGUACCUGAUGUCUUUGAGCGCCCAUCUGCCAAGAAGAGGAAAACCACCUAAGCUUCAACUGCUUAUUCCAGCUGGGGGACAGGGGAUCUGGUCCUCAGUUUUCUUUAACCAUUACUCACAUAGUUCUUGUACAAAGCCUUCUGGACUUCCU